GCUGAGCUGGGGGAAGAAGAGGAAGAAUGAUGGAAGGGAACAGGGACGAAGCAGAAAAAUGUAUAAGCAUAGCAAUCAAGGCUCUCGAAGCAGGAGAUAAAGAAAGGGCUUUAAAAUUUUUAAAUAAAGCAGAAAAACUCUACCCAACCGAUAAAGCAAAAGUGCUGCUGGAGGCUUUGACGAAGAAUGGAAAUACGACAGCAAAUGGCACAUACCACCGCAGGCCAACGGAGGGCGCCGAGAGGAGCAGGCCAGAGAAGGAUAGCCAGGAAGCGGUAACGGGAGAAUCUGCCAAGAGCUUCACCAAGGAGCAGGCGGAAGGGGUGCAGAGGAUAAAGCAGUGCAAGGACUACUAUGAGGUUCUGGGCAUCAGUAAGGAGGCCAAUGAGGAGGAGCUGAAGAAAGCCUACAGGAAGCUGGCACUGAAGUUCCACCCAGAUAAAAACCAUGCCCCAGGAGCAACGGAGGCCUUCAAAAAGAUCGGCAAUGCAUAUGCAGUGCUCAGUAACCCAGAGAAGAGGAAGCAGUACGACCUAACGGGAGGAGAAGACAAGCCCGGCUCUGCGCAUGGACAGGGGGGCUUUGACUUCCACCGUGGCUUUGAGGCGGACAUCACCCCCGAGGACCUCUUCAACAUGUUCUUUGGGGGCAGUUUUCCCUCAACAAAUGCCCACGUGUUCACCAGUGGCAGGGCCCGGUACAGCCAGCAGCCCAACCAGACCCGAGAGAGGGCAGAGGAGAGGGGAGAUGGUGGCUUCUCCAUGUUCAUCCAACUGAUGCCCAUUGUAGUGCUGAUCCUGGUGUCCAUCCUGAGCCAGCUGAUGGUGUCCACUCCCCCUUAUAGCCUCUACUCCAAACCUUCCACUGGACAGACUGUGAAGCGGCAGACAGAGAACCUGCAUGUGGAUUAUUACGUCACCAGAGACUUUAAGUGGGAAUACAAAGGGUCUGCACUGCAGAAAAUAGAGAAAAGCGUUGAGGAGGAUUAUGUCUCCAAUGUUCGCAACAACUGCUGGAAGGAGAGGCAAACAAAAACAGACCUGCUGUACGCAGCCAAGGUCUACAGAGAUGAGCGACUUCGCAGGAAGGCAGAGCUAAUGACCAUGGACAACUGCAAGGAGCUGGACAGACUAAAUGACCUGUUCCGUGGGGGAUGA